AUGAAACAAUGUCUAGGAAGGUUGUAUAAUAUCUACUUAGGCACGUCAAAGUUGUAUCAAUGUUCUACCAAUAGGCAACUUAUCAACAAGUAUAUUCAAAGUCACAAUCACAACCACAACACAUCAAUACGACGCUUUACCAGGUACCACAGGCUAAGACAAGAGGCAAAAAGCAAUAAGCUUUCAAUCCAAAACAGCACCAAUGAUUCCAAGAAGCAAACCGAGCAAUCUAAGACCGCAGGUGGCCCUGACGCAGCCUCCGCCAUACGACCCAGUCUCCAUGCGCUUAAUAAUGAGUUGAGUAACAAGAUAGUUCCUGGUGAAGCUAAAGUCAUACCUGAGGGCUCAAGCAAGGACGACUUUUUGACCGAGAUCUUUGAUAAUUUGGAACCAUACAUUGAUACAUACGAGGUGUUCAAGCGACUUACCGAAGCCGGGUUCACGGAAGCACAAGCAGAUUCCAUAAUAAAGCUACUAAUAUACCAGUUGAACUCAAAGUUGUCCAAGUUGUCGACGAUAUACGCCCAAAAACAUGAGAUGGAGAGUGAACAGUAUUUAUUUGAAAGUGCUCAACAGGAAAUCUUGGUUGACAUAACGCGAAGUAGAGAGCAGCAUAUCAACGAAUUGAUCACAUUGGUCAACAUUUUGGAGCGAGACUUCAACAUCAUAUCUGAUGAAUUGAAUAACGAUAAUUUGAAACUUCGCAAUGAUUCACAAGUGGCGAUUCAUGAGCAGAAAUCGGAAAAUACAUUGAAUGUAAAGAAACUAUUCUUAAGAAUUCAAGAGACUAAUCACAAGAUUACUACUGAGCUAGAUUCGGCAAUCAGAUCCGAAAUUGAGAGUUUGCGAUGGUACUUGUCUCGAUGGGGGUUGAUUACAUUGUUGGUGUCCUUGUUUCUCGCCAGUUUGAUCUUCUUUAGUAACAAGUUCAAGAAUGAGAAGAAUGAAGCAAAGAAGGAGUUUGUGCCAUUGGUUAUACGUGAGCCUAGCGAGUAUGAUGAGGAUGAUUACCACACCGACUUGGAUAAAUCUGAAUUAGAAUAG